GGUUCAUAUGGUCGAGAAAAACCUGGAGUUGACCACUCAACGAGCGGCACAGGCAGAAGCGAUGAAUUUAAAACUGAAAGAAGAAAAUAAAAUUCUUAAGAGUAAUUCUGUUAGCAAAGCUGUUUAUGACGACCUGGUUAAGAAACACCAAAGUUAUAUUUCCGGCAUUAAAGAACAAGCUUUGUCAGUAUCCCAGCAUCUUGAAACUACUGCGAAGAAUGCAGAGGAAUCUUUAAGAAAACUCUAUUCAGGGGCAGAUUCACUGAAGCUUGCAUCACAACUGCUUGAUUCAAUUGGUAAAUUUACAAAUUUGGAUGGGGAAGAUGACGUGAAAUGAUGCAUCAAGCACUUCCUAACCGCGAGAUGUCGGGAGUCCAGAAAUAUCUGAACACUGAUUUGAUCUGCAUUUACAAUACUGGGAUAUUCGUCAUUAUUCGACACAACAAAGCCUAUGCUAUAGACACUUUAAAACAAGUGCCACUCAAGUUGUUCCCCUCUAUAAUGCUAAAUCCAGAAAAAAAACAACACUAUCCCAAUACUGUUAGAUCAUAACAUAACCUUUCCAUGAGAGGAUAUUGAUAUUUCGACAGGAGAAAAUAUUGAUAUCUCCAUGACAGAAGAGGAUAUUGAUAUGUCCAGGACAGGACAGGACAGGAGAGGAGAGUAUAUUGAUAUGUCCAGGAGAGGACAUGAGAGGAUAUUGAUAUGUCCAAGAGAGGAAAGGAGAGGAUAUUGAUAUCUCUAGGAAAGGAGAGGAUAUUGAUAUCUCCAGGACAGGAGAGGAUAUUGAUAUCUCCAGGACAGGAGAGGAU